CAGACAUAAAGGCGGGGACAAAGUUCAACAAAAAAGGUUCCCUGGGAAACAUUUCCAUGAACUGUAGUUAACUCUUCAAUUUACCCACUGAUCAGCACAAGCCAUGUACCAAGUGGUGCCGGGAGGAGCAGGGGGCACAAUUACAGAUGUUAUCCCCAAGCAGAAACACAGCAAGGACACUCGACCCUUAGUUGGAGCUGGAGUGAUCGGCCUGGUGCUGGUAAUUGCAGCAGUGACUGCGUGGUGUUAUUACAUAGCCUCUCUACGCAAAGCUGAGCUGCUUAAGACUCAGCUGCUGGAUCUGAAUAAAGAUGGCUACAUUAUCCGCAACCAGGGAGGGUCUAUUGUUUUCAGAAUGGAUUUCAGGUCAGGGACUCUGGAUUUGGAUUCCUGCACUAAAGAAGGGGAGAUGCUGAGCUGUGGACGCACCACUGAUAGGAAACUCAACUUCUUCAUUGAGACAGUUCGACCUAAGGACACAGUGCAGUGCUAUCGAGUGCGUUGGGAGGAACUGGUUCCUGACAUUCCGGUUGAGCAUGCCAUGACAUACAAGUUCGCACAUUGGUAUGGCGGUGCAGUGUCAGCAAUUCAGCACUGGCCUAUUUCUAUUUCUGGCCAGCAGGCUCCCAAACCCUUUGUUACUAGUGACAUCUACUCAAACCGCAAUGAAUUUGGUGGAAUUUUGGAGAGUUAUUGGCUUUCAUCUAAUGCUACGGCCAUCAAGAUCAAUAAUUCUGUGCCCUUCCACCUGGGCUGGAAUGACACAGAGAAGACCAUGUACUUCCAGGCGCGAUACAAUGACAGUCCCUUCAAGCCAAACCCAGGGGAGGCUCCAUGUGCUGAACUCAGCUACAGAGUCUGCGUGGGCUUGGAUGUGACAUCCAUACACAAGUACAUGGUCCGCAGAUACUUCAACAAACCAAACAAAGUGCCAGCUAAAGUCAUGUUUCGGCAUCCUAUUUGGUCGACUUGGGCAUUACAUAAGACUGACAUUGACCAAGAGAAACUCUUGGCGUAUGCUGCCAACAUCCGUAAGCAUUACUUCAACUGUAGUCCCCUGGAAAUAGAUGACCGCUACACCAGCCGCUAUGGAGAAUUUGAGUUUGACCAAACAAAGUUUCCCAAUGCUUCGGCCAUGUUCCAAAAGCUGAAAUCAGAUGGAUUUCUGGUGUCACUCUGGAUUCACCCUUUUGUUAACUAUGACUCAGAAAACUUCCAUACUUGUGUUGAGAGGGGCCUGUUUGUCAGGGAGCCUACAGGACGGCUACCGGCACUGGUGCGCUGGUGGAAUGGCAUUGGUGGCAUUUUGGAUUUCACAAAUCCUGAAGCCCGUGAUUGGUUUUCCUCCCAGCUACGUUCACUGCGCUCCAGGUAUGGGGUGUCAUCUUUUAAAUUUGAUGCAGGGGAGACCAACUAUUUACCAUGGAAAUUUAGCACAAGAACUCCCAUUCGAGACCCAAGUUUUUUCACAAGACGUUACACGGAAAUGGCUAUUCCCUACAAUGAUCGAGCUGAGCUGCGAAGUGGCUACCAGUCCCAGAACAUAUCCUGCUUCUUCAGACCAAUUGACAGAGACUCUGUGUGGGGCUAUGAGUUGGGUCUCAAAUCCCUUAUCCCCACAGUGCUCACUAUUAGCAUUCUUGGCUAUCAGUUCAUUCUACCAGACAUGAUCGGAGGGAAUGCCUAUCUGAACCGCACAGAUGGAAAUCAUGCAUUACCUGAUCGAGAACUCUAUAUCCGCUGGCUGGAGCUGUCAGCCUUCAUGCCCUCCAUGCAGUUUUCUAUUCCGCCAUGGGAAUACGACAAUGAGGUGGUUGAAAUUGCUCGGAAAUACACAGCUCUCCACGAGAGUAUUGUUGCGCCACGGGUCCUGGAGCUGGCUGGCGAGGUGCUGGAUACCGGGGACCCAAUCAUACGGCCCCUGUGGUGGAUUGCCACAGGUGAUGAGACAGCCUAUAAAAUCGACUCCCAGUUCCUGAUUGGGGAUGACCUCAUGGUAGCCCCAGUUUUAGAGCCUGGAAAGCAAGAGCGUGACAUUUACCUCCCUGCUGGCCGUUGGAGAAGCUACAAGGGAGAGAGAUUUGAUAUCAAGGAGCCACUGCACCUCACAGACUACCCUGUAGACCUGGAUGAAAUUGCUUACUUUGUUUGGGUGUAGCAAAAAGGAAAGGUAAAGCUGAACAUUUGAUUAAUCCAUGCUUCGAUUUGCUUGUGAGACAAGCUUCAUUAAUUGAGCUUUUAUGCUUAAGACAUUGGAUGAAAAGGUUUCCUGGAUCAAAAUAUGAAGACUUCUUAAAUGAAUAUAAAUUUAAGUAACAUAUUACAAAUGUGACCACUCAAAAAUUCUGAAAACCUCAUCUUAGUUUUUAAAGUUCAUUUCAUUUUAGCUAAUAAAUGCGACAUUUAGCAUUAGUUUUGUGGUUUAGUUUUUGUGGUUUCUGCUGGUCAUACCAAACCAAAUAUGGCUGUAACAGCAAAACCCCAGCAUGUAUUAAAGUGAGUAAGGGUGUGUUUAAUGCUUAUGAAUUCAGCUUUUCAUUUGUACAAGGAAGAAUGUGUUAUAUAAUCUUUCAAAAGUUACAUAGUUUCAUUUUAAAGGCUGUACAAGUCACGUAUAUGAAACAUUUGUCAAAAAGGGAAUAUUCAAACUGUGAAUUGAUUAGUGCAUAAUUGCCAUGGUAGGACAUAAAGUUGUUGAGUGUCACAGUACUUUUAGGUUAAUGUAAGCCAAACAAAUUGUAUGAUGGGAGAUUUAUAGAAGGGGUGUUAUUAUUGUCACAAGACAGAUAGCAGGCUACAUAAAACCUUCUACAUCUAUAAAGAAAUCUCAGUUUGACUGAGAUAUCCCACUUUUCCUUUGACACUAAUGACUCCUCUACUCCUCUGCUCCGAGAUACUUCUCAGGAAGUCCGCUUUUAUGCUCCACUUAUCGGGAUGAAUGCUUGAAGUUUUGCUUGAAGUUUAAUCACUACAAAUUGCAUGUGCUCUCAUUUGUGUAACACAGUGUCAUGUAACUUCUCUUGGCCCAGAAGAAGAUGCCUUUUAUUAGACACUAAAUAUUUUAUGCUCUUCCUCAGGUAACAGUUUUCUCAGGCUGUAGUGUGUUUGAAGUGUCUGCUAACUAUCUUUAAUGUGCUUUGUUUACUCUGAAUGCAGCUACUAUAAUGUCUAUAACAUUGACUACCACAUCCGAGGUAAUGAGCAUCUCUUUUAUAAGGUGUUUUGAUUUUUGGAAUUCUGAAACACAAUAACCUAAAUAAUACUGGUUUGUUCUCUUUAUUCCUACUUGGUAUGCAGUAUGGGAUUUCACAGAUGUUGUGAAUUUAGCAACAUUUAAUUAUCAAAUUAAAUGGUACAGUGCGUUAUCACACCUUGUGUUUUGUUAAUGUGAGUAUUUUGUAACCACAGUGCCAUGUGUUAAUAAUUACUGCCACAUAAUAUGUGAUUUGUUGUUUUGCUCUACCUUGAUUAUUGUCAUAUUGUUACAUAUUGCACAUUUAUUAUGUAAUAUAAUCGGUGAGUUAACCCUUCAUGGGCAGUAGCAUGGUCAACAGUGUACCACAGAACCUUACCUCUUAACCUUUUCUUUAAAGUUCCACUAUGUACCUGAAAAUGUCUAAAAGGCAUUUUUUCAUAGUUCUAGAAAAAAAGUACAAGUACAUUGGUAAAAUCUAACUUGGUAUCUAGAGUCCAUACUGAUGAUUAAUUAGUUGAUCUAAUCAAACUCGGGGUAAAACAGCAAGAAUUAUAUCUUCAAUGUCUUCAAUGAUUUUUUUUCACUUUUUCUGAAUCCCAGACCAAAAUGAAAAUUAUUGCAUUUAAUGAUCUCUGUUUCUGACUUCCUGUAGUUCCAGGUACUUUUUUUUUUUUAAUUUGAUGAGAUGGAUUCUGAGGAGUUUUUAAGCUGCAAUUUUCAUUGUGUUUUUGGGAAGUAAAAGAAAUGAAAUGUCCACUUUC